GGGAUAUCAAUCAGGUAGUUUAAUAAAAUCUCAUAGUUUAAUAGAGGAGCGUGUAAAAAACAUUUUGUUAGAAAUCAAGGGCCAACACAUCUCUUCUUAAUUUGCAUUUACACGGGUACAUUAUCCACACGUGUGACCAGCGGCUGCCCUCCGCCAGCUGCUGUUUUUUGAAACGUGAUGCAUUCAAAUGUCCUCAUAAAGUCAAGUUUCCCAGGUAGCAAGUCCUUAAACACACGCCCACGAUAGUGUCAUAAGCUAGAACCGGUUUGAACUCACUUAACAUUUGUGAGGUGUAUUUAUGUUUUUACAACAACAGCGUGUUGAUUAACGUUAAGAGUUUACUUAGAUUUGAAAGAGAGGCGAGAGUUAAAUUAAGUAAAAAUGGCAUAAAAAGAUAAGUUCCUGGGGAUGCAGGGUAUGGACACACAUGCAGACCGGCAGCAAGAGCUCUUGUUUGCAGCAGGUAGCUAGCCAUGCUUACCUAGCCCGCCUACUCUUCUCUGCUCUUCCUUUUAACCUGAACAUUGGCCACAACUUCCAGGACUUCACAGGACUUUCAAGGACCCCUUGUCCCUUUUUGAACUAGACUAUCCUGCGGGGAAACAUGGGGGAAAGACGGACACGCUCCUUUCACAUGACGUGCCACAUGCAACGUGACUAUGGCAGUAGUCUGGGGAGCUCCUUCAUGAGAUGUGGCCCCAAUGGAUACGCCAGUACGAGCCUCAGCCUCAGCCUGGACCAGGACUUGGAUGCUGACCCUGCAGCCCCCACCACUACUACAACUGCUGCCCCGCAGGCUCCUACAGCUGACAGAAGCCACUACUCUCCUGUUUCACUGGAACUGGACCCCACAGCGGUGAAUAAUGGAUCAGGCAUCCCCUGCUGUCCCCCAGCGGACAAAAAAGACCCAGCGCUGCACAGCCAGCCCUCUGUCACCUCUGUCCCACCACCUCUCCCUCGUUCGAGCUGGCUGCAUCAUCAAAAAGAAUUCCGCCACCCUUACAUGAAGACUAGCAUGCAGGGGAAUGUUUACAACUUCCUAGAGAGACCUGCUGGACUGAAAUGCUUCCUCUACCACUUCCUCGUCUUUCUCAUGGUCCUGGUGUGUCUAAUCUUCAGUGUCCUGUCUACAAUAGAACAGUAUGCAGACUUUGCCACUGGAACCCUCUUCUGGAUGGAGAUUGUGCUGGUGCUGUUCUUUGGCACAGAGUAUGUGGUCCGGCUGUGGUCUGCUGGCUGUCGCAGCAAAUAUGCAGGCAUCAAAGGACGCCUCCGCUUUAUCAGGAAGCCCAUAUCAAUCAUAGAUUUGAUAGUGGUCAUUGCCUCAAUCAUUGUGCUUGGUGUAGGCUCCAAUGGCCAAGUGUUUGCCACAUCUGCUAUCAGGGGCAUUCGUUUUCUACAGAUCCUUCGCAUGCUGCACGUGGAUCGACAGGGAGGAACGUGGAGGCUCCUGGGAUCUGUAGUCUUCAUUCAUCGACAGGAGCUGAUCACCACCCUGUACAUCGGCUUCCUGGGCCUGAUCUUUUCCUCCUACUUUGUCUACUUGGCGGAGAAGGAUGCCGUGGAUGAAGAGGGCAAAACGGGCUUCUCCAGCUAUGCUGAUGCCCUGUGGUGGGGCGUGGUGACUGUCACCACAAUCGGCUAUGGAGACAAGAUUCCUCAAACGUGGAUAGGAAAGGCCAUUGCUUCCUGCUUCAGUGUCUUCGCCAUCUCCUUCUUCGCUUUGCCUGCUGGUAUCUUGGGAUCAGGAUUUGCUCUGAAGGUCCAACAGAAGCAGAGACAGAAACACUUCAACAGACAGAUCCCUGCUGCAGCUUCUCUCAUCCAGACACUUUGGAGGUGCUAUGCAGCAGAGAAACCAGACGGCUGUGCUGCUACAUGGAAAAUGUAUGUCCUAACUCCCAUGGCUGUCACCACAGUGGAAUCUGACAACCCCGGUCCUUAUGCCAGGAAAUUGAACAUAUCGAAAAAGGGGACCAAGAGGAGGCUGAAGUCCCGUGGUAAUGGCUCUAUGGGAGUUGCCUCAGAGAGGGCUGUAUCGAUACCUCAGAUCACCUACGAUCACAUUGAUGACUCUACGGAGAAGAAAGAUGUGUCUUUCUUCAUGGAAGAGCAAAGGGGGACUGUUGAGGGAAUCACCAGGAUGCUCAGACAAACAGGCCCUCCUCAUCAUUCUUGGUCAUCUUUCGCUCUGAGCUGCCCGGGCUCUCCAGUAAAAAGGAGUCAUGACAAAAGCUUGUCCAUCGACAUCUCCCGGGCCAACAGCAUAACUGAUGAGCUGGACUACAUGACUGAGGACAUUCCCCUUCCUGUGGUGACUGACAAGACUCAGUUGUCCCAUGCCCAGAGAUCAGCGGUAAAAGUCCUCCGCAGAAUGCAGUACUUUGUGGCUAGGAGGAAAUUUCAGCAAGCGCGGAAGCCUUAUGACGUGCGGGACGUGAUCGAGCAGUAUUCCCAGGGCCACCUGAACAUGAUGGUGCGCAUCAAGGAGCUGCAGAGAAGGCUGGACGGCACACUGGGAAAGCCAGGAAUGUUUCUCCCAGGAAAAGGGGAAGAUAAAGAAUACCCAACUAUUGGGGCGCGACUGAUCAGGCUAGAAGAUAAGGUCUAUCGGAUGGACCAGAAAAUGGACUCUGUCCUGCGGAUCCUGAGAGAGCAGUUCCUGCCCAAGCCUGAGCUGAAGCCAAAGCCCUCCAUCCGCAGGGUGACCAUCCAGAAAAGCAUGGGUAUCAGCAUGGACGAGGGACCCUGAUGUUGUACAGAUGGUUGGACAGGGUAUGAGGUUGUCAUCAGCAGAGGACACUUAAAGGAGCAGGAGUUCAUAAAAAAGACAGCCUGGCCCUCUCCACAGGGGCCAGCCUGAAAAAAAUAAGGGGACUCAGUCUUCCGAACCCUUCUCCCUUUCUUCCUUUUGCAAUCCUAAAAAAUUCUCAUUGACUUUUGACCCCUCAUAAGAACAAACUUUAAAUUGUCUACUUGGCGUUGCGCUGCUCUGGGACAUGAGGGCAAAAGAAGCACUGAGAUUCGGACUCGUGGUGUAGAGAGAAGGCCGACUGACCUCUUCCCUCUGAUGAUUGUUGACCCUUUUGGGGUCUUUUCUGUUGUUUAAAUGUAGCUUUCUUUUCCAGACUAGCACUGUGGGCCCUUAGUCUUCCCCAGCAGCACACAGUCAAGCAGUGAUCCGCUGCAUGAAUUUAUUUCACUAUUAGCCUCACAAUCACACAACUCAGAUGAUGUUAAUUUAUGUGUGGCCUGUCACUGAGCUGCAUUCCUCUACUCCAAAUAUUAUUCCAAAGGUAACUAACCCCGUAAUGAAGUCGUAAUGCAAUCAAAGCACUGAAGUUCCCCAAAGACACAGAGUAAAAAUGAGAGUCCAGCCAUGGCAGAGGCAUUCCUCAAAUCCUUCUGAUUAUCUUGGCACCAUCCACACCCAGUACACAACAGGGUUAUUUCCAUAGCCACAUAUCCAUCUAGCCUAACUGUACUUAGGCUGCGGCGGGUGUUUGUUAGUAGUGAUCGAAUAACACGAGGAGGGAAGGGCUUUGCCCUGCGUUAGGGACCGGAAGGCUGGAGUAAAAGAAAUGGGACUUGAGAAAUGUGUCUGGGGUGGGUUGGAUGGCUAACAUGGUGCUGAUUUAUAGUUACACUGAAGCUAAUAAAAAUAGCCAAACAGCUGUGACAGGGCCCGGUGCCAUGUUAUAGGAACACAGUCAGAAGAUAUGGCACGGUCUCUCAGAUUUCAUAAGUAUAUUGAUCCCAAACUCUUUUAGCAGCACCACUCCUUCCACCACCACCAGGACCCUGCUUAAUAUCCUCUAUUACCUUCUUCAGGGGGCUCACACUGCUGUGUGUAAUUUGAAAUAAAUUUGCCCCAUUAUAGCUCUGAUUAUUUUUUCUUUCCUGAGCUAAUUAAGUGCUGAAUUCCUGGUAAGGGGAGAUUACUCACUGUGAGCGACUAAUGAAAAGAAACACUGGAAAAUGUGCAGAAUUUAAACAGUAAGCUUUGAGGAGCAGGCACGCUAAUUCUUUGUGAAAGGUUUGGAAAUAUCAGGCUACCGCUGAGAGCACACGUUUGAAAUAAAAAAGACAAUGCUCUCACUUUGUUCCCAUACUCAUUGUAUUUAUCUGACAGAACGCUGAGGCAUGUAGGAAGUAGAAAAUAGAAAAUAACUCAACUAUGUAGCUACUGUAUGAAAGGCCUCCCAUAAUUAUAGCAUGCACAUUCCUAAAAAGGCGGAUGCACACACAAAAGAGGGGUGAACAAGGGAAGGGGAAAGAGGAGAGGCUUUCUCCCUGCACUAACAUAUAUUUUCAUAUUUUUGCGGUGGUUAUAAAUUAGCUAUUAUUUAUCUUCUAUCGAAUAAAACGGUUGCAUUUUAAAGGCACUCUAAUUUUGCGAAACACCUUGAUACAUAUCUGUCUGCUCUGUGUACAGUUUUAUAAGAGUUGUAAAUAGAAACAUUGCCUUAUUGUACUGUAUUUAUUAUCAUGUGAAAAGUUCAACCUAGAACAUGUCUGCUUGUUGCAGUGAUGAAAAAAACACAGAAAGUGAGGCUCCCGUUCUACAGAUGGAUGGAAAUGAUUGUAAAUGAUAUUCACGCACACCCUCUGCACUGUAGCU